GGCCCACUCUCCCAUGGCAUCCAUAACGGCUAACAUAAAUAAAUUUAUUUCAGUUCCUCAUCUUAGGGCUCUCCACAUUUAUCUGAUCAGGAGCCAGAAUCUCCAAUAAGUCUUUAAGAGAAAACAGCAAUUCUCUUGGAUUCCAAUAAUAGAUUAAUCGCGUCAUCCUCAAAAAAUAGUCAAAAGCCAAACCAAAUAAGUUGCAUUUGGAAACCCAUCCGCCCGUGAAGUGGAGACGAUGAGGUGUGUGUGUGAACGAUAAUUUGCGAAGCAGAAGAGGCAGCAUCCAUGGGUUUCGUGAUGAAUAUAGUAAAGCAGGUUUGUCUAAUGGGGAAACAUGCAUCACUAUCAAAAGAAACGAAUGUAUCCCCACAUGGAAAAGCAAGCAGGCUUUAAUAUCUGAGAAGCAUUUCAAGCUGUGCCUGCCAGCAAUUCUCCGCCUGUCUGAUUUUCCUUAACAUUAAAAGCCGACCUCACCUGUUUAAAAAUAAUUAGGAAGCAGGCAGUAGUAAUUCUGGCUAAAAGUUUGUGCCGCCCGUGUUUGUGUGCGUGUUUCUGUUCCACUGACGCCUCUGUUGAUGUUUCCGAAUGCAGGAAUCAUGGUCAGUAAGGAAGCCGGCAAAUGCGGACUCACGACGUCGGAGAGUGAAGUAGAACCCGCCGCCUGCCUGGCUCUGGAGAUGAAAUAUGCCCUGGACCCCAACCGGCAGAUUAAAAAGCGGAAUAAAGCCCUGCAGGUGCGCUUUAAGGAUAUCUGUGAGGCGCAGAACGAGCAGAGGGACGCGCAGCUCCCUGCAGGACAGCUGGGCGAGAAGCGGGAGGCCAAGCCUGUGUCCUGCAGAGCAGCCUAUCGCAAAUACAUGACAGUGCCCGCCCGGAGGUCCAUCCCCAACGUCACCAAGAGCACAGGUGUGCAGACCUCGCCAGACCUUAAAAAGUGUUACCAGACCUUCCCUCUGGACCGCAAAAAAGGGACUCUCAAAAGCAUCCCGGCUGCGGAUGCCUUUAAAAGUCAAGACAAUGGGUUUGUAAUAGAUGCGAAAGAGAAGAGUGAGGAAGGGCCCCGGGAGGAGGCCCGACCGUGGGGUGCGGGCCGGGUUCAGAAGACAGCGGCCUUGGUGUUCCAUUCCGAUGAACACAUGAAUGCGCUGGACCCGCCUGCUGGGGUCAACUGUGCAGAGCCGUGCAAAAACCCUGAUUUGCACAGCUGCCGAGACACCCCUCUCCCAAAUGCCACUCGGCCUCCCUCCCAAGAGCCUGAUUACCAGCUGCAUGGGAAAGCAAAACAUGACAGGGCGACACCAGACGCUGAGGAACCCGCUGCGUCGGCUCAUGGGAGGGUGUUUAAAACGGAGGUGGCCACUGUUUAUGCACCCGGCCCCAGUGCAAAAGCCCCCGAGCCUGCCUUGUCAAACUCUGCCGCCGCGAGCGAGUGGUCCCUCUGUCCGGUGACCGACCAGGAGCGGAGGAGAGCCACACAUCUCAAUGGGCUCCAGGCGCCCCCGGGCACGGCUGUGGCCUGCUCGCCUCCAGUGCAGCGUUUGUCCCCCGAAUGUAGCGAACAGCCCCCGCAGACUCCAGCCCCGCUGCUGGGGGAGGAGAACCAGCCUUGUCCGACAGCAGUCGCUGUGGGUGAAGAAUGCCAACAAAUCGUGCCUCAUACAGAAGUGGUCGACCUGAAAGCACAGCUUCAGAUGAUGGAGAACUUGAUCAGUUCGAGCCAAGAAACCAUCAAAGUGCUCUUGGGGGUCAUUCAGGAGUUGGAAAAAGGAGAAGCCCAUCGGGAAGGGCUUUCAUAUCGGACGGGGCAAGACACAGCUAAUUGUGACACAUGCAGGAACAGUGCAUGUAUUAUCUAUAGUGUGGAGCUAGAUUUUAAGCAGCAAGAAGACAAACUCCAGCCAGUUUUGAAGAAACUCCAUCCUUUUGAGGAAACUCAGGUUGCACCUUCGCCUUACUCUCAGGAGACUUACUCCUCGACUCCCAAGCAAAAAUCCAAAACUGAAUCUAAAAAGCAUGGAAGAUGGAAACUCUGGUUCCUUUAAAACUCAUGGUGUUUGGAGUCUAAAGGCCGUCUUUAAAACCCACUGGAGUUAAGUCAAUCCUUUUCCAAAAUGAAUAGGAUCAAGUGAACCUUGGCUGACUCGGGCGCCACCCAGUUCUCACCCUGCUUACCAAAAAGGCCUUUGUACUAACAGAUAAUUAACAGAAGCAAGGUAUUAAAUGUCGCACCUUGCCAGCUGUUCUUUGCAGUUCACAGAUGUGGGAUGUAAAAUCUGAAACAAAACUUAUGUAGUCAAAGAUGGUAAGU